ACGGCUAGGAGCUGGGUAAUUAUUAGGGGUAGAGGGAAAUGGGAUGGCAGGGGCAAAUAUGUCAAUAGCAAUCAGAUAAGCAACCCAAACCAAACACCUAGAGCUAAAAAUAAGCAACUAUAAUAAGCAACUUUAAGUUGCUUAUAAUAAGCAAUUGAAACCAAACAAGCCCUAACUAUUACAGUAGCCCUCUUUAUGCUCAACAUUGAUUGGAGUAAUCCAGUGCUUGGGUACUCCACAGCAUCACUUGGGUUCUUGAGAGUUAAUUUCUUGAUUUUCUAUUGGAUAAUCUAUCUGGAUAACUUUGUCUCAUGUUACAUAUUCCUUCCUUGAUUCCCACCUCUGCCCUCCAGAAGUUAAUGCUUUCCUUCCUCCAUCUGUUGCUUUCCAUCCACCUGCUGGCCUGCAGCCCGCUGCAUGCAGUCCACCCUGCAGGCUGUAGCAUUCACAUGUCCACACUCCACAGCUCCAUAAAUCGGUGACACCCAGUUCAAUCAGUUGCAAGCAGAAGUCUCCAAGAUGCACCGCUUCCUCCUCCUCGUCGGCGCACUCGUAGCAACCGCGCUUUCCGCCGACACCGCCAUUGCUAAGGGCCAGAGGCCAUGGGCUGAGCUCAGCGGCCGGGACAACUGGGACGGCCUCCUGGACCCGCUCGACGCCGACCUCCGUCGCGUCGUCAUCCGGUACGGCGAGCUGGCGCAGGCGACGUCGGACGCGUUCAUCUCCGACCCGGCGUCGCCCCACGCGGGCGCGUCGCGGUACGCGCCGGGGGCGUUCCUCCGCAGGGCGCAGGCGGGGGCCGACGUCCCGGACUUGUACCGCGUCACGAGGUUCCUGUACGCGACCUCGGGCGCGCGCGUCCCCGACGGCAUCAUCAUGCGGCCGGCGCCGCCGGGGGCGUGGAGCCUGGAGUCCAACUGGAUGGGGUACGUCGCCGUGGCCACGGACGCCGGCGCGGCGAGGCUGGGGAGGCGGGACGUCGUGGUGGCGUGGCGCGGGACGAAGCGCGCCGUGGAGUGGGCCAACGACCUGGACAUCACGUUGGUGCCGGCGGCGGGCGUCGUCGGGCCGGGCCCCGGGUGGUCGCAGCCGGCGGUGCACCGGGGCUUCCUGUCCGUGUACGCCUCCAGUAAUUCCACGUCGCGGUUCAACAAACAAAGCGCCAGGGAGCAGGUGUUGGCUGAGAUUAAGAGGCUGCUGGACGCGUACAAGGGCGAGAACUGCAGCAUCACGAUAACCGGCCACAGCCUGGGCGCCGCGCUCUCCACGCUCACCGCCAUCGACAUCGUCUCCAACGGCGUCAACGUCCGGGGCUCCACCAACGACACGGUGCCCGUCGCGGCCAUCGUCUUCGGCAGCCCCCGCGUGGGCGACGAGCAGCUCAAGAAGGCGUUCGACUCGACGCCCGGUGCCAGGCUGCUCCGCGUCCGGAACGCGCCCGACAUCGUGCCCACCAUCCUGCCGGCGGCCUUCUACAAGGACGUGGGCGUGGAGCUGCUGGUGGACACGCGCAAGUCGCCGCACCUCAAGCAGCCCGGGCCGGGCCCCGCCGCGUGGCACAACCUCGAGUGUUACCUGCACGGCGUCGCGGGUACGCAGGGCGCCGGCGACGGCGCCGGGUUCGGCCUGGUGGUGGACCGCGACCUGGCGCUGGUGAACAAGGAGGUGGACGCGCUCGACGACGAGUACCCCGUGCCGGCGGGGUGGUGGGUGGAGGGAAACAAGGGCAUGGUGAAGGACGGGAGCGGGCGGUGGGUCUUGCAGGAUCACGAGGAGGGUAACCUCGCCAUGUGAUGGUUUUUGGUGAAUUGUGGGUUAGAUAAUGUGCAUGGUGACAUUAGCUGGCUAAGAUGAGAUUUUCCCCCGAGAUUAAAAGGGCAAGAAGGUAAUUAUCUGAGGUUGAUUCAAAAUUGAAAUAAUAAUUUCUGUCGAAACCAUCUCGUUCAAGUUCAA